GUCCUGCCGCGGUUUUUCAGCACAUCUGGGUCUGGCCCAGAGGCGCUGAGAUAUACAGAAAAAUGGAGUAUAUGACAGAACCUGUGAAGCACACACCUGGACACAUCUUGUGCUGCAACUGUGGUGCCCCGAUGAGUCCGAAUCCUGCCAGUGUUCGCGUGGCUUGUCUGCGAAGUCAAGUAGAUACCAGCCAAGGCAUUCCGAAACAAGUCUCUCUAUCUUUCUGCAAACAAUGCCAAAGAUAUUUCCAGCCACCAGGAACUUGGAUACAAUGUGCCUUAGAAUCCAGGGAACUUCUUGCUUUGUGUUUGAAAAAAAUCAAAGCCCCUCUGAGUAAGGUACGUCUCGUAGAUGCAAGCUGUGUUUGGACUGAGCCCCAUUCUAAGAGACUUAAAGUUAAACGAACUAUUCAGAAAGAGGGGAUGAAUGGUGCUAUCCUUCAGCAAGUGUUUGUGCUGGAUUAUGUUGUUCAGCCCCAGAUGUGUGGAGAUUGCCAUAGAGUGGAAGCUAAGGAUUUCUGGAAGGCUGUGGUUCAAGUCAGGCAAAAGACUUUGCACAAAAAAACUUUCUACUAUCUGGAACAGCUGAUUUUGAAAUAUGGCAUGCACCAGAAUACACUUCGUAUCAAAGAGAUUCAUGGUGGUCUGGAUUUCUAUUAUUCCUCAAAACAACAUGCUCAGAAGAUGGUAGAAUUUCUUCAGUGUACUCUUCCCACUAGAUACAAAGCCUCACAGAGACUGAUCUCUCAGGAUAUCCAUAGUAACACAUACAAUUACAAAAGCACCUUCUCUGUGGAAAUUGUUCCAAUAUGCAAGGAUAAUGUUGUUUGUCUGUCUCCAAAACUGGCACAAAGCCUGGGGAACAUGAACCAGAUAUGUGUGUGUAUUCGAGUAACCAGGGUCAUCCAUCUCAUAGAUCCAAAUACCCUACAAGUUGCAGAUAUUGAUGGGAACACUUUCUGGAGUCACCCUUUCAAUAGUUUUUGCCAUCCCAAACAGCUAGAGGAGUUUAUUGUUAUGGAAUGCAGCAUAGUCCGAGAUCUAAAACGCAGUGCAGGUGCUGGAAUGGUAUCAAAAAAGCAUACCCUCGGGGAAGUCUGGGUACAGAAAACAUCUGAAAUGAAUACAGAUAAACAGUAUUUUUGUUGCACUUAUUUGGGACAUCUUCUAAAUCCUGGAGACCUGGUGUUGGGGUUUGAUCUGGCCAACUGUAACUUAAAUGACGAGCAUGUCAACAAAAUGAAAUCAGAUAGAGUCCUAGAUGCGGUGUUAAUCAAGAAGAGCUAUGACCGUACCAAACGUCAGUGUCUUAGAAACUGGAAACUGAAAGAGCUUGCAAGAGAUAGAGAAAACAUGGAUACAGAUGAAGAAAGGCAACACCAAGAUUUCCUUGAAGAUCUUGAAGAAGACGAGGCAAUUAGAAAAAAUGUGAAUAUUUAUAGAGAUUCAACGAUUCCUGUGGAAAGUGACACAGAUGAUGAAGGAGCACCUCGAAUUAGUCUGGCUGAGAUGCUUGAAGACCUUCACAUUUCCCAAGAUGCUACUGGUGAAGAAGGUGAAUCGAUGAUGACCUAACGAGAUCAUGUUGUAGAUGGUUUCC